CAGAACUGCCAUUGCGAUAGUCAGUUACUCGCUUUUAUUCCCCCCAUCACUGACAUACGCAGGCUUGACAAGCAUUUGAAACAGGACCUCAUUUUUGUUUUAUCAUUCGCAUCAUCAGACAAAGUUUAAAAAAAUACGAACAUUCUACUUUUGCCGUGCAUUUCACUAAAACGGGUCGUAGACGAAUUUAUGGGGCUAUUUUCAUCCCGGCAGAUAGUCGAGUUUGCUAUGAAACGUCGGGAACUGGUGGCACGCAUCGUCUUACUGGCAACGUUUCUCUUAUUGGCUCCGGCUGUUUCUGGCGCUCCUGUCCAAAAUGGUUUCCGACUGAUUAAUAAAGAAGUCCCGUAUCCACCAGAAGGAUCGUCGCAGGAGGCAGAUGUCGAUGUCCAGGAUCUGCAUAGUCUAAACAACAAGAAUCCCCCAAAAACCGUGACAAACAUUUCAGAUAUUGCCAAUCAUCAUGUUUCUUCACCUACGGCUGACGACGCAAAGCGCUCUUUAAAUAAUGACAAGAGUGAUUUCGUCCUGAAUGAUUUUACUUUCAGCAACGAUACUCCUCACGAUAUGGCUGAAUACAUAUUUUGGACAGGAGACGAAAACAGCGUGAUUAACGCCGUCAGAGAUUUUGUCAAUCAGGGACUAAUAACUGACGCAGAAGGCAAAGAAUUUAUGGACCAGGUGCAACACGACUUGCACCAAAUUCGACUUCGUUAUGGAACCAACGUUGACAAAACAGCGCCAACAGCACCACCUGAAAACACUAAAAACAUUCCCAACGACAACGAGGAAGAUAAUGAGAGCCAACAAUUAACCGAGCUGCUGAAACCGUCGAAUAAGGCUUUAUCCGCAGAGGGCCAGAAAUCUCACAAAGGCGAAAUUGUGGUGACUAGCUAUGGCCCAGCAUCUAAACCCUCAAAUGAACCGCUGGAGACUGGCCGCGUACAGGAUGAAACCAAAACGCGAGGGACAACGCCAAGCAACACUAAGGAAGAACACUUGAACGAAGCGCAUAUUGUCGAUCUCCUUAGUAACCAGUAUACGUUGGAAGAGAUUCUCUAUCAACUAGCGCGAAUUCUGUUUUCACAGAGCCUUAGUCAAGCUGGUCAUCCAGAAGCAGAAGAAGCUCUCAGAAAAUUUGCCGAUUUUCUUGAGAAAGAGUCCAAAGAAGGAAAAAUGUCUCCGGAGUUGCAAAAAAAAGUGUUGGAUGUUUUGCUGAUGUCUCUCUUCGACUCUAUGGCUGAUCAGCAUAUGCCACUUUUGCCAGGAGUGAAAUUAUCACCCACGGAGCGUCCAUCAGCUACUGCUAAGCACUAAGCAGAAAACAGAAAAUACCAUAGCUAUUUACGAUUCAUUACGUUAUCUAUAUAUACUAUAUUGUACACAUAUAAAAUCGAAAUUAAAAAGUUGCACUUGCUUAAUAUACCGGGCAACUCCAUA